CCCACAAUUCCCUCGUCACGUCCACAGCAACAGCUAGGAUGUUGCGAUAUCGCUGGCAGCCAAAAUUUGCUGUGGUUGCAGAGAUUACACCGCUGGGUUGAGAUCUAAGUGUGAUGUUUUGCUUCAUGCCACAUUCCUCGGUGACAUCUUUGCAGUCGCAGUCGUAGCCGCGAGCUUUAGUUUCCUGUUGACUCGACGCCUGCUUAGCUCGCAAAAAAAGCGUUAGCCCACUAAAAUCAGUUAUGGAAUAAAUAGCCACACGGUCAGCUAGCUAUGAGGAGGCAAACGGUCGCUUUAUUUUCCUGAGGAUGGGAAAACCUUCUCCGACAGCGCUAUCGCAGCAGUUAAUCGUCGGGAAGAUAACACUUGGAGACAUCAUCAUCUUCUUGGAGGAUAACCUGGAUAACCUUACGCGAAAUGUCAUAGCACGUAAGUAGCUAGCAUUUAGCUAGCUUGCUGAUGGAGAUGGAGCCAGUGUUUUCAUCAGCGACCGACCAUGAACAGCUGGAUGGCUAGCAAAGGAAAUACUUUCUCGGGAGAAGCUUUACCCUCCCGGGCGGUUUAUAUUCACUUACAUAACGGUCAAGCGCUCUACUAGUUCUCACCACCUGGCUUGCUUGGCAAGCAAAUGGAACAUUUAAAGUCUUUCUUUACCAUCCUAAGAAACCAAGAUCCAUAUAAGUCCUGCAACACCCAAUAGACUUUAGAGGUUCUGUCGUCUGAGUUGCAUCAAACAUCCCGGCUUGCAAGCCUCCACACAGCGGUUCACUGUUGUGAGAGCCUCGAAGCAAAGACUCCUCUUUUUUUUUAAUUAUUAUUAUUAUUGUGGCUUCGACGACAUGAGGAAAUUCUUUGAUUCUCGUCGGGAAUUGGUGAGCUCGGGGCCCGGUUCUGGAGGAGGGGGCAGCAGCUCUGGAUCCAGCCAUGCUGGCGGGAAUUUCAUUGGACGAGGCUUUACUGUCGGGCGGCACCAAGUCACUGUUGAGGAGAUCAUUGCUGAAGGUGGUUUUGCAAUUGUGUUCCUUGUGAAAACCAAUCAAGGGGUGCGUUGUGCUCUGAAGAGGAUGUAUGUCAACAAUGAACACGAUCUGCAGGUCUGCAAAUGUGAGAUCCAAAUCAUGAAAGACCUUGUCGGUCACAAGAAUAUUGUAGGUUAUCUGGACUCCAGCAUCACAGCCAUGGGAUCUAGGGAUGUAUGGGAAGUCCUCAUCCUGAUGGAUUACUGCAAGGGAGGGCAGGUGGUGAACUUGAUGAAUCAGAAACUGCAGACUGGUUUCACAGAGUCCGAGGUGCUGCAGAUCUUCUGCGACACCUGUGACGCCGUUUCCCGCUUGCACCAGCGCAAGGUUCCCAUCGUCCACAGAGACCUUAAGGUGGAGAAUAUCCUCCUGCACGACAAGGGUCAUUAUGUGCUGUGCGACUUUGGCAGCGCCACAAACAAGUUCCAGAACCCACAGACGGAGGGAGUGGCUGCUGUGGAGGAAGAGAUCAAAAAGUACACCACUUUAUCAUAUCGCGCCCCAGAAAUGGUGAAUCUCUACAACAACAAGAUCAUCACCACAAAGGCUGAUAUCUGGGCUCUGGGCUGUUUGCUGUACAAGUUGUGUUUCUUCACUCUCCCCUUUGGUGAAAGCCAGGUGGCCAUCUGUGAUGGCAGUUUCACCAUUCCAGAUAACUCCCGUUACUCUUAUGAUCUCCACUGCCUCAUUCGGUACAUGCUGGAGCCAGACCCAGACCAAAGGCCAGAUAUCUACCAGGUGUCCUACUUUGCUUUCAGACUGGCUCAGCGCACUUGUCCGGUUCAGAAUGUGAAGAACUCUCAGAUUCCUUCCAAACUUCCGGAGCCAGUCAAAGCGAGUGAAGCUGCUGCGGCAAAGAAGAGCCAGACGAAGCCCAGAUUGACAGAUCCGAUUCCCACCACCGAAACCUCCAUCACCCCUCGCCAAAGGCCCAAAGCGGUGCACGCCCAGCCCGCUGCUGGCAUUCUACCCAUCCAGCCCGCUGCUCUCACCCCUCGCAAGCGCGCUAACAUCCCCGGUGGUGCGGCUUCUGGAGUCAGCCUGGAUCUCUCCCAGCCAGCUGCAGCCCUCCAGUCUCAGAAGGCGCAGACAUCAGCUCAACCCACCGCCCAGGCACAAAACAAUGCAAGUCAGGCUGCAGCUUUGCAGAAGCAGCCGGCUGGAGCAACAGCACCAUCAGUAACGGCCAAAGCCGAGGCCCCACCACAGACGCAGCCUGCAGCCCAGCAGCAGACUGCACCCGUCUCAGUGGUCAGCUCCACUUCCCAGCAGGCAGCACAGCCUCCGUCCAGUCCGGCUCCGCCUCAGCGUCCGGCUCGCCGCAAGCAAGCCCAGCCACUGGAUUCGCAGCCUUCCCCCAGCAAACCCGAGUCUGAUCAGUCAGCAGCAACUCAGCAGCAGCAGAUUAUUCAGCCAUCAGCUGCUCAGGCUCAGCCCGCCUCCAGUGAGAUCAGCCAAAAAUCAGCUGAAACAAUUUCAUCCACUACUCCAAAGACAACUGAAGAACACCAGGGUGAAGCUCCUGCUACCACUGUAGCAGCAGUUCCAGUCAGCGACGCCUCACAGCAGCUACAAUCAGCUAACGGAGACGCCGCUCUCAUCCAAACCUUUAAACCUCAGCAAAGCACGGUGAAGCCGUUUCAGUCGAGUGACGUAGCGCAAGAGCAGAGCGCCGCAGCGACCGCUGCCUCCGACCCUCCGACUCAGCCCGCAUGGAACCCAUUUGACGAUGACAACUUUUCCAACCUCUCUACUGAAAAACUCAAGACGGACAACAAAGAUUCUUCUGACGUGCCAUCAAAUGAGGGGAAAUCUUCUGAAGAUCUGAUUCCAGGUCUACAGACCCCAAUCUUGGAAAGUCCUCAAGAAACUGUUGAGAGUCCCCCUGUUCCGGAUUCAGAGGCCACGUUGUUGGUCGUCCCCGAUGCUUUCCACACCCUCAACCUGUCAGAUGCUCCAGAGAAGCUGAUUGAAGGCCUGAAGUCACCUGACACAUCUUCACUCAUGCUUCCUGACCUGCUGUCGCUCUCUGAUCCUUUUGGAGGAUCUGUGGAAGACUCUGCAAAAGACCCUCUGACUGCUGACGACUCUCUUCUUGGCUGCUCCCUGAUCUCGGGUCUGCCCGCCUCAGCUGCAGCAGGAAGCGCUCCUUCCACUCUGUCCUCCAUUCCCACCUCUGCAGCUUCUGCUCUGGACGAUUUCAGCUUGCUGUCUCUAGAGUCGGCAUCAAAAGCAGACUCAUCUCUUCUGAUCUUGGACUUUGAAUCUCAGCAGACCAGCGCAGAAGCCCCAACAGAGGAUGAGUUUGAUCCUAUUCCCGUCACAGGCCGUAAGAAUUCUCAAGUUUCAGGAGGCCACUCGCGCAGUAACAGUGGUGGCUCUGAAUCCAGUCUGCCCAGCUUGGCCCGCUCCCUGCUGCUGGUGGACCAGCUCAUCGACUUGUAGGCCUCCCCCACCCCCCCACCUCCCCGGUCCCCCUAUAGUGGCUGUAACACUGGAUAAUAGUCUGGCAUAGCAUAGCAACAAUCAACUCUGUCAUCAUUGCUAGUCGACCCCCCCCUCUCUGCUGUCAUCUCCAUUACGAUUCCAACCGUAGAACGCCCUUCACCUUUCAGCGCUUCUCCAUCCCUGCUCUCCACAUCAUCAGCGGCGUUUAUCUGCCUUCUCCCCGCCUCUCAUUUCCCAUCUUCAUGCUCACGUUCUCUCUCUGUUGUAGCCCUUCAUCACGUGUUGCUCAUUAGCAAGGAUUUGACAGACAACCAUUUAAGAAUUGAAUCUUCCUUCAGGAAAUGAUCUCCGUAGUUCAUUCCAACCAAUCUGUAUAAUGUCUUAUAGUAAACAUUAGAAAAUCAUUAUAGUAAUGUAAAAUAGGCAUAGUUGUAAGUGGUCGUAGUUCUUGUGCACAAGUGAACUUGUCACCGUCUGGCUUUUUACCCUCUCCCUGGAUUUAUCUUGCACAUUUUUAUAAAGGAAAAAAAAAACAUUCAAUCGGAUGAGAUUAAGAGCAGAACUCUGAUUUUGUUGAUUUGCACAGAUGCAUUUUGCUACCUAUCUCAUAGCUGUACAAUGGGGGCAUCCUUCUUCCGCUCAAGCUGCAAUUGAAUUGAUUCAAAAAAACAUCAAGCUCUGUCAACAGUUCUGAAACAGAAAAGCUACGAAAGAGCGACGCUUUAGUGCCAUAGUGUGAUCAGAACAGGUGUAUUUUAGAAAACUCCAGAAAUGCAGCACUUGAGUUCCUCCGCACAUGUAGCUCUUCUGAGCUUUUAUUCAUUUAUUUUCAUCACCUUUACCUACAGCUAACAGGUUUGUUAAAAUAAAACGCGAACAGCAGCUUGUUUCCGUGCCCAAAUGCAUGAAGCCGGGGUCCCAGUCUGAGGAUUAAGCUGCAAUAGGAAACACUAGCAAACAAUAGCAGUAAUAUUUAGGCUCAUAAUUUCUAGAAAAAUCAUCUUGCCAAUCACUUUUACUCAUUUGCACGCAUUAACAGUCAUUCCAUGUUGUGCACGCUCUCCCCUACAAAACAUUCCUCUCAUUUCUUUACUCCUAAUUGAUGUAAAUAGACUUUUGACUCCUGCAGAUUCUUAUCCAGACCAUAAAAAUGAUAUCGUCAUAAAGCUUUACUUGUGGACGCCAUAUUGCUUUUUUGUGAAUCGUGUCAUAUAUAUGUAUAUAAAAGAUAUUUAUGGCAUUGUUUUCCUUAAUACAUGUUAAUAUAGAUAGUGUGUGAGAAAAUGAAUGUAAGAAAUAAAUAUUAGUCUAUGAUAAAAUCUAUCUAUGAUUCUAAACACCAUAAUCAUUCUAGAAUAUUGGAGAAUAUAUGAAUAUUUCAUUCCUCCUUGUGGAAUUUCUUUUUUUCUGAGUUCCAUUGAAAUGUCAGAGAAUGAAAAAAAAAAGUAAUGUCUUAGUCUUUAACUGUUGCAAAGGAUUAGGCCAAAUCCCUUAUUCUAUGUCUGUGGGGGGGAAAAAUGAGCCUGUGUUACUUUUGUUUACAUGGACUGAUGACGGAUUAUAUUUAUAUUCAGAAAAGUCUUCUUUAAGAGAGGAGUUAGGCUUAGGAAUUCUUUUGAAAUUGUGCUUUUGAAGCUCUCCUUUUGGUCAUGUUUUUGUGCUCACAGCAUUCAUAUCCAAAAGCAUGGCAGUGUUGUUGAAUGUUGCGUUUACGUGUGCCGGUAAAACGAUGUUCAGAGUGUGCGUGCCCGUGAGCGUGCUUCGAGUUUGAAUUGUGGGGUUGUGUUUUCCAGUAGCAUACUCGUGUUUGUCGUUUGGCCGCAAAAUGCGACGACGUGAAAUAGAGUUGUCUGUAAAAAUCUCCUCUAAAAGCACAGACCUCUCCUCCCUUCUUCCUAAAUUCUCUCAGGUUGGUCUCUGAGAGGUUGACACAGACUUUCUGCUCGCUGGCUCUCCAUCCUUUAGAGAUCAUGCGUUUUCUUGUCGCAGACUUUCAUGCGUGGGGGGCGUUAGCUGCUGAGGGUCAGGAAAGGGAUCGACUCCAUUCAGAUGUUAGAUGUUUCUGUAGGGUCAAACAGAGGUAAACCUGCAUCUCGUGCAUGUUUUUAUCAUACUGUUGGUGUAAUCUUUUAUCUUUUAUUUCUACAAAAUCAAGUUUCAGAAACACAAAAAGUGUUCUUUCGAUCAACAAAACUCAUCAGGAUUCAUCAUUUUGAUGCUAAAAACAUUGAAAGUGAACAGUAUUGUGUCUAAGUGUAGAAGUUAAUUAAAUAAAUCAUGUUAAGAGUAUAGGAUCAAGGAAGUGGACUGCACCAAUUUUUUUGAAUCACUUCCAUAAUUUGAGAUUUGCUGUCUUAAUUUCAAACUUUACUGCCUUUUUUUUAGCAUUUAGCAAAAUAAGCCAUUUUAUUCUACAACUGCAUGUUCGCUCGCAGAUUAUCGAGCUUCAUUUGCUUCUGAUCCUUCCUCCGACCCCCCCCACAAUCACUCACAGUCACUGUUUGAACCUAUGCAACGCCAGAGCUUUCUCCCCGUAACCGCAGUUGUAGUCAGUAAAGCCGAGCCAGAGCUGAUGUGAAAAACUGGUAGCCCCUCAUUUAGCUUUUUGUUUUCUGUCAAAAGAGAAAACUGUCAGUUAUCUAAUCUUAAGGAGUGUUUUCAGACGCCCUCUGUCCUUAUGGCCCAACCCUGCGUCAGAAAUGUGAUAUUGUGUGCUCCUUCUAUUUUUGUGAGAUGACUUAAGAGUAAUAAAGGGAUGGCAAAUAAAGUACAAAUGUGAAUGUUUA